GGUGCCUCGCUAGUCUCACUGCGAAGUAGAUGGGAAAAAAUCAAGCAACAAGAAGGAAGUGCAAUGGCGACAUUGAAUCGCCAACUACCAAAUCCGGAUACGUUCCUGUGCAAACCUUGGUCAACUUUUAUCAGCGCAGCAAAAUUACACUAUUCUGACAACUCACUCGUCGAAAACCGUUUGAAAGAGCUGUACCACAACUGGGAAGGAACUAAACUCAGCAAAGAAGAGAUGCACGUGUUUGGCCAGUUUCCCAACCAGGAGGAUUUCUGUCUCGUCGUCUGCCAUGUCUGCAACCAAGUGGUCAAACCCCAGGGCAUCCUCACCCACUACGAGCGUCGGCACGGCUCCCCGUGCCCCUCCAGGGGUCCAGUGGUCUCUGUGAAGCCCAAUGUGGCAGUGUCCCCCACCCCGGGUCCUACUCCCCCUCUGCCCUUCAGGGUCCCCAGAGACUACCCCCACUCCCGCUUCAACAAGGCCCCGCUCGCUGUCUAUCCUCCCAAGGGUGUCCGCAGCAAGACAUGUGUGUCGUUGCCAGUAGUGAGUCUGGAGAAGAUGCCAUGUCUGGGCCGGGCAGAGAGGGGAACACACGUCAGAGUCAACUGCUUUUCUUCCACCACCUCCUGCUCCUCUCCCUCCUCCCUCCUCCCCUCCCUGACCCCCCCAGCUCCCCUCAGGGGGUCUCAGGAAAAGCUGGUGUCCGGCCGCGGCCUAACCACCCCUUGCUCCACCACACCCCUCUCCCUGGUGGACCGCCGGCCCAGCCCGGCCCGCUCUCCCCUGGACAAACGACCCUCCUCUACCCCCUCCCCUUUGAAUCACCGCAGACCCUCUCCCUCCCCUCGGACCCCCGCAACCCCCUCCCCCCUGGACAGGAAACAGCAGAAUGGAACCAAGACGCCCAGGCCUCAUAGGAGACUGUCAGGGAGGGUGUUUGACCCUAACAAGCACUGUGGAGUCCAAGACCCAGAGAGCAAACGGUCCUGCACGCGAUCACUCACCUGCAAGACUCACUCCUUGAUCCACCGACGGGCCGUCCCAGGCAGGCAGAAAGAGUUUGAUAUCCUCCUGGCGGAACACAAGGGCAGAGCGAAGGAGAAAGAUAAGGCGGGAGGGCAGAGGAGGGAGUCACAGGGGGGCAGUCAGAGCACCCGUGCCAAUGAUACUACCCCCUCCACCCUGCCCCCCCACUGCCACAAUGGCAGAACCGUCUCCACUCUCAAACUGCGGUGGGCCAAUGCACACAGACCAAGGGUACCUGGUAGUGGGGGUGCUGCUCUCCUUUCCUCCAUCCCCCCCGUCCCCCCAGGCUCAACACAGGACCCCCCAGUCCCUGUCUGGCAGAGGGCAGGAGGGGACAGGGACGGUCGUCUGUCCAGUGAUGAGGGCGACCCAGGAACACCAGAUGACCCUGACAUAGACGGAGACCGACCAUCCUGCCACUACUCCCCUCACCACCCUCGACCACUGGGGUGCUGUGCGUUCAGCAGCAGGCUGAUGGGACGUGGUCACUAUGUGUUUGACCGGCGGUGGGACAGGAUGAGGCUGGCGUUGCACUGCAUGGUGGAGAAACAUGUCAACGCUCAGAUGUGGAGAAAGGUGCCCCUGGCUGCUGAGAGUCCUCUCUCCCUCGGGAGCCCUCCUAUCAGCACUCCCUCCCCCAGCUCUCUCACCCCUCCUCCCCCCCUCUCCUUCCCUCCCUCCACCAACGGAGCCUUCUCCAUUGGGCCCUACUCCACAGCCUUUCCCCAGGAUGCAUCAGCAGCAGGGUUGUUUGGCGUCAGGGACCCCUCCCAGCCCGUGGGCCCUGUCUCCGCCCUAGGGAAACCCCGUAAUGGCACUACCACCAAACCCAUCAGGCCCCCAGGGGCCACUGGUGGCGCGGCCAAGAAGAGGCGGACCACCCUUCCACCUAGUUCUGACACUCUCAGGGGGAACAACAGCAGCUACCAAACUCUGACUCCCACCCCCAUGCUCCGCUCUGGCGUGCCCCUCCUUAGUGGUAGGAGAAAGACCUUAGGACACAGUGCCAGUGAGGUGGGGGUCAGGGCUGAGGACUGGUACUCCAACCCUGACCAAACCACCACCACACCCUACCCCCUCACUAAGGAUCACCCCAGCCCCUUACGCCCUACUCCCAGCCCCCUUCCUCCUCCCAGCCCCCUGGUCUACGGAGGAGGGAUGGAGGGGAGAAAGAGGAGGAGCCCCAGUGCGUACAGAGGAGGAAGAAAGCCCAGUAAGGUGACCAAAGCAGCAGCAGGGCUGGACGGCAUCUUCAGGAGGAACAACACUGGACUUCUGGCCUCAGGCCCCGAGUCACCUCGACAGUCCAAGUUGCAUCAUUGACAAUAACAGGAGACAUGGACAGAAUGUUGUGUGGCUGGACCUGUGACCUUUGACACGAUGUUAGUACCACAGGGCCCUGCCCUGUUAACAGUGAUGUCACUCAGCACUGCACCUGUACCCAUGAGGGAUUCUGGGACUUGGAGUCAUUGGUGGGUCAGAAUGAUUUGGCUCCUCCUCUCACACUGCCCAUCCCAUAUUAGGUUGUGUGGUCCCUCCCCAGAAUCCCGCCCACACGUUGAUCAGCCAAUGGGCGGUUCUGCAGAGGUAGUCUCCAUGGUUACAGGGUGAAGCACUCAAAUCAAGGCACUCAUCAUCACAAACUGCCCUCUGAAAAGGGAACCUGCUUUAGGUUGGCAUCUUUAUCACCGCUCUACAUGCAUUUAGACAUUUUGUUGUUGUAGUAUCCCGUUCCUGUGUGGUCAGGUGACCAGGCAGGAAUUCCCAUGUCCAACAACUUCCUCAGACAGACCUGUAUUGACAGCCCCAGCAGACCUCCACUCCUCACCACACACACCCUUCUCUCCAGCAUGCCAGAGUUCAAAGUGCACUUACUCUCCUCCUCCUGGACUCCAGAGGCUACACACCAACCUGUCUGUCACACAAGGGAAGACUUUAUACUGACACUUUUUCAUGAAAUGUCUUUCAAAAUAGGAAGAAUUCAGGUUAUCGAGGAUUGUUUUUAUUUUUCGUCUCAAAUGUUGCAACACAGAGAGGACCGACACCCUAAAUGGAAAAACGAUGGUGUUGGAUUUUUUUAUGUAUAAUAAUUUAUAAUUUCUUAAUUUUCUUACUGACCAGAGUAGAGCUACAGACAAAUUAUAUUUGUAUGUCAAUUUUUUAAAAGUAUUAUUAUUAUCAUAGUUGUUAUUGUUGAAAUGUGUACAUAUAUUUUAUUAUUUUUAUAUUUAUUAUUAGUCUCCCAUUACUAAAAGAACUCAAGCUAAAGUGUUUUACCCGCUUGGUGACAUGUAUUUUUAAGGGUCCUUUUUGCCUGCGGUUCUCCCUUUUCACACUUCUUCCAAUGUUUCUACCUGUCAACACGACUUCUCCUUCUCUUCCACUGGUCUCUGACAGACUUGUAUGUCUGCUUGAUUGACGUGUACAUUACAGAAAUGUACAUAUGGCACAAGCCAACUCCUUUUAAUACCGCUGGUUCCACUGCAGUGUGUUUUUCUGUUCUGUCAGUGAUAGACACUCUACAGGGACGUCACUGACAUGGGCUGCAUCUCAAUAGUCUGAAGUGGCCUCUUCUCCUCGUCUCCUCCUUCGUCUUUCCUCAGACACUCUACAGGGACGUCACUGACAUGGGCUGCAUCUCAAUAGUCUAAAGUGGCUUCUUCUGCUCGUCUCCUCCUUCGUCUUUCCUCAGACACUCUACAGGGACGUCACUGACAUGGGCUGCAUCUCAAUAGUCUAAAGUGGCCUCUUCUCCUCGUCUCCUCCUUCGUCUUUCCUCAGACACUCUACAGGGACGUCACUGACAUGGGCUGCAUCUCAAUAGUCUAAAGUGGCCUCUUCUCCUCCUUCGUCUUUCCUCAUCUGAAAACUCAGGUGUAGUUUAGAGCAACGUGGGGGUUGCUAACCAGGAAUUUGACUUGCGUCUAGCGAGUUCUUGUGAUAGGAAGUUACUUCAGAUUAUUUAGAUGCGUUUUUCUGAACAGUGGCAGCGCCCCUACUGUUACAUACAUGGGGAAUGUCAGUGGUUGCCUGAAGGAAAAGUAAUGCUUUUUCAGAUCUUCUCUUUUGCACUUUUUCCUCAUAUGCCCAGAUCGUUAAUCUACUUCUAUUUCUAUAGAUAUUUGCUUCCCACCAAGUAUGAACUCUGAGGUGUGAAGACACGCACAAUCAAGAUGACUUUGUUAAAAAAAAAAUAUAUGAAUUUGGAUACUGUUCUUUAAUUUUCUUUCACUUUGAAAAUGUUGACGGUUUUGUAGAUCGGAAGGAAAAAAUCGAAUGUAUUCCCUUUUUAGAUGGAAUUGUAAGGCUGCAAAAUGCGAAGGCUGUGCAAGGGGUGUGUAGACUUUCACUAGGCACUGUAUAUAUUUGUAAAGGUGUUUUGUCAACAACAGUAAAUAUGAAGACUAG